UGACCUCCGGAGAUAUAUAAGGAAAAUCAACAAGUCAUUGUUUAAAGAUCACUUUUAGUCAGAUCUAGGUUAGAUACACACCAUGGCUCCGACUCUGUACACGCUUUCGGCCAGCCCUCCGGUACGUGCCGUUUUGAUGACCGCCAAGUCAAUCGGACUAGAUCUGGAACUCAAGCCGGUCAAUUUGGUGAAAGGAGAACACAAAACUCCCGAAUUUCUGAAAUUGAAUCCACAACACACCCUUCCAACCUUAGUGGACGACGAUGGGUACACCAUAUGGGACAGCCACGCCAUCAUGCCCUACCUCCUUUCCAAAUACGGCAAAAACGAUGCUUUAUACCCCAAAGAUCCGAAAAAAAGGGCUAUAGUUGAUCAAAGGCUACAUUUUGACGGUGGCGUGGCAUGGGCAAGGGCUUUGUUGAUUUUGCGUCCCCUCAUCUACGAAGGAAAAAAAGGGGUAGCUCAAGAACACAUAGAUGCAGUACAUGAAAUCUACUCUUUCGUCGAAAGCUUCCUAGAAGGGAAGCAAUGGGUAGCUGGAGAUUCUGUCACCAUUGCCGACUUUAGUACCAUAUCGACUUUGAAUGCCCUUGGUGUUGUUGUUAAAGUAGAAGGUUCAAAAUACCCGAAACUAGCAGCUUAUCUUAAGAAAGCGGAGACUUUGGCUGUGGUCCAAGCUACUAAGAAUGGGUUCGCUGAUUUCGUUGCUCUUGUUACACCUUUGUUGGCUUAAAAAAUUGUAAGCUAAAUAUACCAUAAAAAACAUAA